CUCGCCUCAGUCGCCAUGAGCGGAUCCAGCUGGGCCCUGGGGGGCUCCGGCCUCCUCCCGCCGCUGCCCCAGUCCCAGGCCGCCUGGCUCGGCGCCGCCGGCGCGCUGGCCCUGGCCGCCCUGCUGGGGGCCGCGGUGUGGCGCUGGGCCGGGCGGCGGGCGGGCAGCCCCCGGCUGCAGCGGGUGGGGACGGUGUCCGGCCUCUUCGUCUACCCGGUGAAGUCCUGCCGCGGGGUGGCCCUGCGGCGGGCCGAGGUGACGGCGCUGGGGCUGCGCAGCGGGGAGAUGCGGGACAGGUUUUGGCUUCUGAUUAAUGAGGAUGGACAUAUGGUUACUGCCCGACAGGAGCCUCGGCUGGUCCUGAUUUCCGUAAACUGUGAAAAUGGCUACUUAACCCUGAAUGCUCCAGAAAUGAAGGAACUGCGUGUUCUAGUCAAACUCUCCAGGAAGAAUCCAGUGCACAAUUGCAGGCUGUUUGGAUUGGAUAUCCAAGGCAGGGACUGUGGAGAUGAGGCAGCUCAGUGGUUCACCACCUUCUUGAAUACACAGUCAUAUCGACUGGUGCAUUUUGAGCCACACAUGGCCCCUAGGAAGUCCAGAGACGUAUUCACCACUUUCCGAUCCACAGAUGAGAUUGCCUAUCCUGACUGCAGCCCGGCCAUGAUCCUCUCAGAAGCUUCGUUGGAAGAUCUAAAUACUAGGCUGGAGAAGAAAGUUAAAAUACAGAACUUCAGACCAAAUAUUGUGGUUACGGGUUGCAGUGCUUAUGAGGAGGAUUCCUGGAAUAAGAUACAAAUUGGUAAUGUGCAGAUGAAAGGGACAAUGGCUUGCCCCAGGUGUAUCUUAACAACUGUUGAUCCGGAAACUGGGAUCAUUGACAGAAAGGAGCCACUGGAAACACUGAAAAGUUACCGUUUGUGUGAUCCUUCUGAGCGACAUCUUUACAAAUCCCACCCUUGGUUUGGAUGGUAUUAUGGAAUUGAUAAAACUGGAACGCUUCAGGUUGGAGACCCUGUGUACAAGAUAGUCCGUUGACGGAAGAUGCAUUUUGAGUGGAAAAUAAUUGUUCAUUUAUAUAUGCAAAUGUUUUUCUUCUGUGAGGGCAGAGCCUGAAAUAACUCUUUGAUGUUAUCUUGAGGUAAAAAAAAUGUAUCCCCCAUUCUUUGGGACUGUGUAAAAGUACACUGUCCUUGAUUGUCCACAGAUCCUGUGAGGUGCCAAAGUCUUCUCAGAUCAGUCAGUUCACUAAUGUGCCUUGAGCCCCUAAAUCUAAAACUAAAUCUUUAGUUUUCCAUUAGAGUGUAAAAGGCAAGCUGUCCAACACUUAGAUCAGAUUAUGAAGUGAUUUUUCAGUCUUACACAUGCACACUUGUAUUAUUGCUAUCUGUGGAAUGAGGCAAGAGGGUGAAACAAGUUGGAUAAUAAUAGUUGAAUGUUCCCUUCAAGGUUUGCAUAUGUUUUAAAUUCCUAUUUAAGUUGUAAUGUCUUAAGAGAACUACCUUUGGAACGUUUUGAUCUCUUGUUACUUUGUUGUGGAUUGGCAGGCAGAGCAAGAAAUUCUGAACCAGUAAAAGAGUGGGUUCUGACAAGGCAUGAAGUAGGCUAGAAUGUUUUGGAGCUUAGAUUCUCUACUUUCUAUUGUGAACAUUGAAGUGCCUUUCUGUUUGAACAUUCCUGAAUAACAACCUAGUAAAGUGAAGAAGUAGGCCUGUUAUUGACAGUACUGUUAGUUAAUUAGUUAACAGUACUGGGGAAGCACUUACCAUGCUUGUUGCAAGUAAUGCACGCCUGCUUGCCUGCCUACCUAUCUCACAUUGUUGUUGCUGAGGAUUGACUGAUGUUUGUAAAGUGCUAUAUAAAUGCUAAGUAUUGUUGCGGCAACAUGUAUCCCAGUAUUAGCUCCUGAAGAAAUGUAACCUUGUUCGUGCACAAUGUGGUGAAUGGUGGCAGGCAGUGGAAGAACAAGUGUCCCCAUGGGCAGAAUUUGGUGCUCAUGCUCCUGAGCAUAAAGAAGUUGAACAAAAUUUAAAUCCAUUAAAAUUACAGUAAUUAAAAGUGGGCUUUUGGGGGAUCUGGGGUAGAUAAGUUCAGAUGAAUAUUUUUUAAUACAAAUGUUUAACUUUUUUAACUGAUGGAAAUUUAAUUAUUUAAUUGAAGCAGCUAGGGGAAUGAGAUUAUAUAAACAUUGUUAAUCAGACAAUUCAACGAUGGUUUUCUACAAUUAUGUAAAACUGUAAACUGGAUUUUAACUCUAGAAAUAAAUAUAAAUCAAAAUAUAAACUACAGAGUCCUAACUACCUUUUAAUAUGAUGUACAAUUUGAGGAACUUGUUCUCUUGGCUUUUGCCAUUUGAUGUUACAUCUUACCUAAGUUGGUGUUUAGUUAUUUCUCUGCUGCUUCAUAUACCGUUUGGAAAAGGCCCUUCCCCCUGGUGCCCUACUGUUAAAGCCCUAAAGUUAAAGGCUUUGUGUAAGAAGCAGAUGCCAAGUUCAGUAUCCAAGUGCCCUUGCAUUGCUGUGGAGAAAGGCUUCAGUGCAGAAAAAUCUUCAGAUUUCUGAUGUGGGGAGAGAAUCAUUAGCAGCCUGGAUCUGUGUGGAUAUUGGCAAAGAAUCAUCCUUGAACCUGAAGCCGGCAUGUUGAUGCAGAACAAUCCUUCCAGUACAGGACACAUCAGAGCUUGGAUACCUUCUUGUUUAUCUUGUGCUAUGUAGCUAAGAACAAAGACUCAAAGUAGACUAGAUCCUGGCCCUGCUGUGGUCCAUUUACAAUAGUCUAGUAGCACAAAGGGACAGAAUGCUGGGUUGGGUGAAUCUUUGGUUAGGUUGAGCCAGCUCUGCGCUCCCUGCUUCCCUUGUGAUCCUUGGUGUGCAUGAGGCAUUAAAUGUGUGGUUGGAACACUGCAUCCGAUUAAGUGAGCUGCAGCUCACGAAAGCUUAUGCUCAAAUAAAUUGGUUAGUCUCUAAGGUACCACAAGUACUCCUUUUCUUUUUGCGAAUACAGACUAACGCGGCUGCUACUCUGAAACCUGUUGUACCCUUGACAUCUUUGGCUGUGUAAUUUAUAUAAAGGGAAGGGUAACCACCUUUCUGUAUACAGAACUAUAAAAUCCCUCCUGGCCAGAGGCAAAACCCUUUCACCUGUAAAGGGUUAAGAAGCUAAGAUAACCUCGCUGGCACCUGACCAAAAUGACCAAUGAGGAGAUAAGAUACUUUCAAAGCUGGAGGGGAGGGGAAACAAAGGGUCUGUCUGUGUGAUGCUUUUGCUGGGAACAGAUCAGGAAUGCUCUUCAUAACUCCUUAAAUUAGUAAGUAAUCUAGCUAGAAAUGCAUUAGAUUUCCUUUUGUUUAAUGGCUGUUAAAAUAGCUGUGCUGGAGGGAAUGUAUAUUCCUGGGUUUUUUUGUCUUUUUGUAACUUAAGGUUUUGCCUAGAGGGAUUCUCUAUGUUUUGAAUCUGAUUACCCUGUAAGGUAUUUACCAUCCUGAUUUUACAGAGGUGAUUCUUUUACUUUAAUUAAAAUUCUUCUUUUAAGAA